GAGGAAAAGAUUGCUGCCCUGCAGUCUUUUGCUGACCAGCUGAUUGCAGCUGACCACUACGCUAAAGGGGUCAUCGCCAACAGGCGGAAUGAGGUUCUGGACAGGUGGCGCCGAUUGAAAGCUCAGAUGAUUGAGAAGAGGUCUAAGCUGGGAGAAUCUCAGACCCUCCAGCAGUUCAGCCGUGACGUGGAUGAAAUAGAGGCUUGGAUCAGUGAGAAGCUCCAAACUGCAAGCGACGAAUCAUACAAAGAUCCGACAAAUAUCCAGGUAACCACCCGUUGUUCCAUUCCGUAG